CAACGAGCCAAGGCGAUCGGGCCUCAUCCCACGCCCAUCAUCCACUGCUUCUGAGGAUAUACUCUACUGUUCCCACGGCACUCCUCUUCGUUCCCGACUCCCACUUGCCAGUCCUAGCGGGGUGCGGCCUGCCAGCCAUCAGCGUCAAUACCAGAGGCAAAAGCGACAUCAACAUUGGGAGCGCUUGCCAUUGCGAUCCAGCCUACGGCCAAUAUCCCGUUCCAGACAUUCCGCAAUCAGGCACAAGGCCAUUGGUGUCUCACUCUUCUGCAUCGCUUGCUGCCCAGAAUUUCAGCCCUCGACUUCGUCCGUGAUCACUACUAUCGCCAUCAGCAGCAGAAGCUUUGAAGCGCAUCGAGCCGUUUGGCUCUCAGACCUGGGUCCUGAGCGCUAAAGGUAGUGCCCUGGCGGAAUAUCAUCCAUGUCGCGCCAGCCGGGGUUGUCGGCCAAUGGCCACAUCACACCCGGCUCUUCCCUCGCGAGCCGCAACAAUCCGCCUUCUUUGGCAAUGAGAAGUGCUUCACCAAUCCAGCCUGAGGGAAAGGAAGGCAAUAGCGGGGAUCUCAGUCUAUCCACUCUCAACUUGGCCUCGUCUCCAGACGCCGAGGAGGACCUUGGAGACUGGUCCCCGAAGCAGAACAGCCUUCCCUACCCUGCGCAAUCACGUGCUGUACCACAGCCUCGAGCAGCUUCGGGAGCCUCUUUAAGCAACGAUGCAUCUCCAUCAUCCGCCAAUGGUCCUGAACGGCAUGCCAUGCCGGAAUGGGCCAAGCGUUCAACAGCAUUUGCACCAAGCAGGUCGAGCCUGGAGAGCUCUGCCUCUGGCGGUGCAUACUAUUCGGCAGAAGAAGACGCCACGAACCACUCAGACCGAAGAUCUACCCCACCACAACCCAUCGCUCCUGGAUCCGAUGUGCUGAGGACGCCAGGGAGAAGCUCCUCGAAAGAUUGGACUGCAACUCCCCGGAGCAAGGCCAGUAGCAGUGGCAGCAUGGAUGCUCCUUCUUCUCCGUCCAUUACGGCUCGCCGGGCAUCUCUGACAUCACACAAGACGCCAAGAUCCUCAAGUCUCAAGCAGCCUCCUUCCAACAAGAUGUCGAGCAACGAUGCCAGCAGACCGGGCUCUUCUCAGACAUCGGCAUCCGGCGGCAGCAGUAGGUUGACCACAACUUCGGGUGGAACACCUCUGGGGCGCAAAGGGCGCGUUCCUUCGGCAGUUUCCUUACAGGAACCGCUGAGGGAGAGGACGUCCAGUCGACGUGGCCACACGGCGGCUCAGUCCCCUUCGUCACCUACUUUCUCAUUGGAAGCAGGAUCGCCCUCUGCCAAUCAGGGCAGACAGGAUAACUCUGCGAGCAUCAGUGGAAGUGGUCAGGGUAUCGAUAUCGCUUCGCAGCCUACUGCUGCACCCAUCGGCGCUGCUGUACAGGCGCAAACAGACAAACAUUUGCUACAGCGGUGGAUACUUUCUAUCGGAGUGGUAAAUUUUGACCUAGAGAAAGGGCCUGACCUAGAGCGUCUGUGGCCCCCUUUGGACAUUAGCAGAGAGGAGAAAGACAACAUUGCCUUCUCGUCCUUCCCGGAUACCUCAAUCUUUGAUGUUGGAGACAUCUCCUUCUCAUUUCGGGUUCGGGAAGUACCGCUUGAAGCCUCAACCUCCUCCCCACCUAGAUUCGCACCUUCACCGUCCACUUUGGGCGCUCCGCUGUCGAUCGCAAACGACCGGACCCCGAGGUCGAGAAGGGAGCACUCCCGCAAGUUGGGCAGCUCUGGGGACAACAGCCUAGGGGUCAAAUCUCUCUUCACCAGAGCUUCAUACAGUGGGCGGAACGCCCUACAGACAGACUCACAUCAGCAGGAAGGCAUUAAUGGUGGAGGUGACAUUAGUUCUGGCAAGCAGGACGAGAUGAAAGAUGUUGCGGAGAAUGAGAUCACGAGCGAUCGAUCAUCGAUUGAUAUCGCAGCGAAGACGAUCCUCGUGAAUAGCCAAGAAUACGACAUUACGGAGGCGUCCGCGGUGCUAACUCAAGAAACAUUGGCGACGUCCAGUGUCUCGUCGGGUCUGGCGAAUGUCUCUGCUUGCAAGAUUUCUAACAGCAGUAGUUCUUCGUAUAUCUAUGGCUAUACCUUCUUCAGACAGAAGAGGGACGCCAGCAUUCGUCGAGGCUACUUCCAGAAAUCUCUUGUGAUCCUGUCUCAUCUCCCCUACGUUGCUCUGUUUGGGCAGAUCGCAAACAGGCUUGGACCUUUAUAUUUCGAGUACGGCGAUCCGAUUCUGGAAGCCUUCGCAAGCUCCGUCACUAAGUGGCCAAAUCCUUCUCCGGGUGCCACUCUGCCUCUUCCGAUGGUGGGAUCCGUCCUCUGGGUUCAGCUGCCUCUUGGUCGCCAAUCCCAAUCAUCGAACGCCACGGAAGCGAUCCUGCCGCCCUCAGAUCCCAACACAGUCGGAAAGAGCCUGUCGACAGCGAUGAUUAAGCAGCAGGAUCAAAGGCGAGGCGAAGUACCAGUCGCAGGCUCUACCGAAGAGGAGCCUCUCCUGGCCUCCAUUCCUACCACUCCCCUCGUCGAAGUGUUCAAGGAAGCGCUCGCUGACAUGUGGUUGGUGUGGGAGUGUGUGCUGCUUGCCGAACCUAUCUUCGUCAUCGGCCCUGACCCAAAGAUGUGCAGUGAGGCCGUCUGGCACCUGCUUGACAUCUGCCGGCCCAUACCCCACGCUGGCGACUUCAGGCCCUUCUUCACGAUUCAUGACUACGACUUCAAGAAUCUUGCCAAUCGCAAACAGCCUCCCGCUGGAACCAUCAUCGGCUGUACUAAUGCUUUCAUGGCUCAAGCCUGCUCACAUUGGCCGCACGUCCUACGAGUGGGCAAGGCGGCCGUGAAGCUCGGUACAGCGGGAAAGUACGGGAGCAAGGGUGGCAGUGGGGUCAAGUCGUCAGGUGUCGCAGGAGGGACCGGAGCUGGAGGAGGAGGACCUGAGCAUCUACCAGGCUUCGUCUCGAAGCGCAAGAGGAGGAUCAGCAAGGACCGGCCUCUGCUCAAGAAGAUCCAGGAGAUGAUGGAGAAGGGAGACAACGUCGAGGGAGCCAACGCAAUGCUCAGGAGGUACUUUACCGAUAUCACGGAGCGCUUCCUAGCCCCUCUAAACAGGUACAUCUCUUCCCUCAUCCCCGCAGAGGGCUCGGGGGAAGGGGCAAACAUCAAGCCCUUUGAGACUGAAGGCUUCCUGGCAUCGCUUAAAGCGCAUGGCACACCCUUGCCGAUUCGGAGUAGGUCUCUUCCCACUGGCAGUGCGGUGCGUCAGAGUCUCUACUUGGACUUUCUGCGGAGCCCCAAUUUUGGCUUCUACCUCACCGAGAGGAUCGCCUUCUAUCGCACUCGCAAUCCAGAGCCUUCGUCGCGCAAGACGAGGUUCGAGCAGGGCUUUGGUAGAUGAGCCAUUGGUAGACUGUGCGAGGAGAGAUGUGGGUGCGCUGCAGAAGGGGUGGUGGGGUGCCUUGACGUGAGAGUCGACUGAGGUCGCGGGAAUGCCGCGGCGCAAGGGUGAUGGAACGAUACCCCGGCGAGCUAGACAGCUUGUUCGGCUUUCCGUCUUGUUUGUAAUGCAUGCAAAAUCUAUCUUUGCUUCUACUUCCU